AGAUGUCCUCUUUCAGACCGGUGGGAAAGUCUGAUCUGCCAGACAAUCUCAAAUACUCCAAGUGGGAUCACAUCGAAGUUAGUGAUGACGAAGGCGAUAGCCAUCCGAACAUUGAUCAGAAGCUCAUGGCGCGUCUCAAGAAGGAGAAGCGUGCUCGUGACUACGAGGAGUUCAGGCAGAAGCACCCUGAAGCACCAGACCCUAUUCGCGCUGAAGAUCUCAAGACGAGCACACAGCGAACGGUGGUGAACAGCACGUCAAAGGAGACAGAGAACCAAAAGGAAGCAAAGAAACAUAAGGAGGCUGGCAACAAGCAUUUCUCCAAGGGAGAGUACGCGGAGGCGGAGGACUGCUUCUCUAAAGCGAUAGAGCUUGCGGGUCCUGAUUGCGUGAACGGAGGAAUAGACGCCAAGAGGCAGCUCGCUGUGUACUACAAUAAUCGCGCAGCUGCACGAUGGAACAUCGCUAUUGCAAACACUCCCGAAAAGAAGGAUGAAAGCAACACAAUCAUUCUAAUGGACAAGGCCGAUCAGGCUAUCGAAGAUUGUACUGCAGCGUUGAAAUAUGAUUUCAGAUAUGUCAAGGCCAGACUUUGCAGGGCCAAAAUCUAUGAAGCCAAGAUGGACCUGAAGCUGGCAUAUGACGACUAUAAGCGAGCGAUGUCGUACGAGCCGAGCAAUACCUUGGCUAAGGAAGGAAUCGACAGAUUGCAGCCCGAGAUAGACCGAAUGGAGGAGGAGAAGCUCAUCGAGAUCACGAUCCCAGACGUCAUCCCAGAGAACCGCACCAUCAAGUAUAACAUCCCUGGUCAUGGCGAGAUCGAACUGGAGCUUCCGGAAGAUGCCGUCCCUGGUCAGACGAUCAAGCUUCAGCUGGAAGAGGAGGGAGAACCUGAACCCGAACCAGAGGAUGAGGGAGGGAGCGGCCUCAACCACCAUGCCAACAUGUAUCAGAAGAGUCUUGACGCGUUCCUCAAAGACAGCACGUUCAACAACAUCUUCAUGGAUCGGUGGAUGAAGAUGUCGGAAGAAAGCCGCAUGGCAGUCAUCGACAGGACCUUCGAUGCCAUGGCCCAGCAGACCAUCACCAACACCACGGGCUACAAGAUGAGCAGGAGCGACUUCUACCUGCUCUGCCCAGAGGUCGCGCCAGAGCGAAGAAGAGAUUACGCGAAGAAGCCUGAGAGCUUCAUCGAGGCCUGCAAGGUUAGCAUCGCAGACACCGACGCCAACGCCAGGAAGUGGCUGGAAGACAACAAGUCAAGUCUUGCAAACACCCAGAUUGCCUUUGGGAUGCGACUUCAGUUCCAGAUAGGAGUGAACACCGACGGGGGAAUCGAUGUCAUGGCGCCGAUCCGCCGGCUGUUGGUUGCCGAAACGCUUGUCUGUGUCUUUGAGGCGCUGACAGGAAAGAAGGCUGCUGAGUUUGAGCAUAUGAGGAUGUAA